GGUUAUUUGAUCACUCUUUGUCAUCAUCGUUGUAGUUUGUUUUGUUGACACGCGUCGCAAAAUUAUUUGUUUAUGCUUGUUUUGACUGUUGAAAAUUUGGCAGUUUCACGACAUAUAUCUUUAACGCAACAAUAAUUAUAGAAUUACCAUGAAGGCAUUGAUUUUGGUUGGAGGUUAUGGCACAAGACUGCGACCUUUGACACUGAGCUGUCCUAAACCAUUGGUAGAGUUCUGUAACAAACCAAUGUUGUUACACCAGCUGGAGGCACUAGUUGAGGCAGGUGUAAGUCACAUUAUCCUAGCUGUAAGUUACAGAGCAGAUCAGAUGGAAAAGGAAUUAAAGUCUGUUGAGCAAAAGCUUGGCGUUACUAUCUCUAUUUCCUUGGAAACUGAACCUCUUGGAACAGCUGGUCCGCUUGCCUUAGCAAGACAAUAUCUCACAAAGGACAAUGAUCCAUUUUUCGUACUCAACAGUGACAUUAUCUGUGAUUUUCCAUUUAAAGACAUGAUCAAGUUCCAUAAACACCAUGGUAAACAAGGAACUAUUGUGGUAACAAAAGUAGAGGAGCCCUCUAAAUAUGGUGUUGUUGUGUACGAUGUUGAGUGUGGGAGAAUACACAGAUUUGUAGAGAAGCCUCAAGAAUAUGUCUCAAAUAAAAUUAAUGCUGGAAUGUACAUGUUUUCACCUGCCAUGCUAGACAGAAUUGAGUUAAAACCAACAUCAAUAGAAAAAGAAGUGUUUCCCGACAUGGCAGAAGAUGGAGAACUUUACACUAUGGAAUUACAAGGAUUUUGGAUGGAUGUAGGACAGCCAAAAGAUUUCCUCACUGGUAUGUGUAUGUACCUGACUUCAUUGAAACAGAAGAACUCCAAUCUGCUGUACAAUGGUGAGGGAGUUGUAGGAAACGCUCUUGUAGAUCCCAGUGCUAAAAUAGGACAUAAUUGUAGAAUAGGACCUAAUGUAACAAUAGGACCAAAUGUUGUUAUAGAAGAUGGUGUGUGUAUAAAGAGAUGUACAGUAUUAAAUGGUGCUCAUAUAAAAUCUCAUUCCUGGCUGGAUUCCUGUAUCAUUGGCUGGAAAUGUGUAGUGGGUAGAUGGGUACGUAUGGAGAACGUAUCAGUGUUGGGAGAAGAUGUUACAGUGAAAGAUGAACUUUAUAUAAAUGGUGGAAGAAUUUUACCUCACAAAUCUAUAGGUGAUUCAGUGAAAGACCCACAGAUCAUCAUGUAGUAUUCUCUGCUUUGAAAACAGUUCUAGGUGGUCUACAAAUUACUAUCAGCUCUUCUGAUUGGGCAGUGUUCAGGAUGUCAUUAUGUAACAACACAUUUCAUUGGAUAGCAUGAUUAUUUCAUUGUUAAACUUAUUAUCAUGAUUGUUAAAUAUUGUCCAAAUUGGAACAUAAGAUCACAUGACUGCUUUGGUGCAGUGUAUCAAAUACUAAAAAUAAGUUUAUAAUGGAGCAUUCUUCAGUUUACUGAAGAUCAAUAAUAAUAUUAUAUUAUGCGUUUUGACAAGAAAUCAACAUUUCUAGACAGAUUUAUGAUUGAUAUAGGUUCAUCUGAUCAUGGGUAUACUUCACAAACUGUGGCAGUUCUAUGUCCAUUCAAGCUUUGUAUCAUUGACAACAAAUUUAUGCAAUUUCUAACUGUCAGUAUAACUAUGCAAUUAUUGCUUAUUUUGUCUGCAUAUUCAUUGUUUAUUGUGGCAAAGGUAUUUUUUUUCUAAAAUGUAGCCAAGUACGGCUGUCGCUGUGAUUCAAUUUCCCAUGUUACAUUUUAUGUACCCAUAUUUAUUUAUGGUACCACUUGUAGAAUUAUCAGAACAAAUAUGUCUUACAAACCAGUACGAGGUAACAUGUUGAUACAUGUUUUGAAGUUGUGCAACUAACUCAAAAGGAAUAUGAGAAAAAUCAACAUAAAAUACAAUCAUGGACAUAGAUAUAAAUCUUACUUCUGAAAAUAGGUAUUUCAUCUGUAAAUAUAUAAAAAUUGUUAAGUUGCACAAAGUUACUAUUGUGUUCACUUGUUCCAUAUUUGCUCAAGGUCACCUUUGGCUGAAUGUAUGUUGUUACAGUAAAUAGCUUAAAUACAUGGAUGCACUUGUCCGUCAGUUUCAUAAUAUUAACAUAGGAAAAUUAUAACUUCAGCUUCUUAUUUUUACAAACAAAAAGACAUCAAAUUAUAAUUAAUCAAAUAAAUGGUAACUGCUCGCCUACAUGAUAACAGCCCGAGUUUUUUUCAUUAUAUUCGUCAUACUUGAAAUCCAUUGUUGUUUUUUUUAUGCCCCCGAAGGGAGGCAUAUAGUUUUUGAACCGUCUGUCUGUCUGUCGGUCUGUCCGCAAUUUUCGUGUCCGGUCCAUAUCUUUGUCAUCGAUGGAUGGAUUUUCAAAUAACUUGGCAUGAAUGUGUACCACAGUAAGACGACAUGCAGUGCGCAAGACCCAGGUCCGUAGCUCAAAGGUCAAGGUCACACUUAGACGUUAAAGGAUAGUGCAUUGAUGGGCGUGUCAGGUCCAUAUCUUUGUCAUCGAUGGAUGGAUUUUCAAAUAACUUGGCAUGAAUGUGUACCACAGUAAGACGACGUGCAGUGCGCAAGACCCAGGUCCGUAGCUCAAAGGUCAAGGUCACACUUAGACGUUAAAGGAUAGUGCAUUGAUGGGCGUGUCCGGUCCAUAUCUUUGUCAUCGAUGGAUGGAUUUUCAAAUAACUUGGCAUGAAUGUGUACCACAGUAAGACGACGUGCAGUGCGCAAGACCCAGGUCCGAUGCUCAAAGGUCAAGGCCACACUUAGACGUUAAAGGAUAGUGCAUUGAUGGGCGUGUCCGGUCCAUAUCUUUGUCAUCGAUGGAUUGAUUUUCAAAUAACUUGGCAUGAAUGUGUACCACAGUAAGACGACGUGCAGUGCGCAAGACCCAGGUCCGUAGCUCAAAGGUCAAGGUCACACUUAGACGUUAAAGAUCAUUUUUCAUGAUAGUGCAUUGAUGGGCAUGUCCGGUCCUUAUCUUUGUCAUUCAUGCAUGGAUUUUAAAAUAACUAUGCAUGAAUGUGUGACACAGUAAGACGAUGUGUCGCGCGCAAGACCCAGCUCCGUAGGUCAAAGGUCCUAAACUCUAACAUUGGCCAUAACUAUUCAUUCAAAGUGCCAUCGGGGGCAUGUGUCAUCCUACGGAGACAGCUCUUGUUUUCACAUGUGUUCCAAGAAAACCAGUCAUAAUAGUUUUGUACACUACCGAAUUUAGUCAUAAAAAUAACAAGGUAUAUGUGUCAAAAUUAGUCUUUCAAUUUAGCAUGGGAAAAUUAGCUGAUAUACUUGUAUCUAGUUUUGGGAAAUGUUUGUGUAAAUAUGGUAUAUAGUACCUCAUUUAGGAAAAAAGGAAAAUUACUUUAGGGUUACUUAAACCAUAUUUUAAUGUACUUAUAUACAUUGUAUUUUAUGACUUGUUAUUGUACUUUUUAUGCUCCCAUUAGUUUUCAACUGUCCGUCCGUUCGUUCGUCACAACGUUAACUUUUUGCAUGAAGGCCAACGUUAACUUUUGCAUGAAGGCACUUUACUCACGAACGACUGCACCCAGGACCUUCAAACUUAACAUGCUGAUAGUACUUAUUGAGUUCACGACGCCUACUGACAUUGGGGUCAAAGGUCAAGGUCACAGUGGCCAAUGUUAAAUUUUUGCAUGAAGACACUUUACUUGCGAACCACUGCACCCAGGACCUUCAAACUUCACGUGCUGAUAGUACUUAUUGAGUACACGACCCCUACUCACUUUGGGGUCACCAGGUCAAAGGUCAAGGUCACAGGGGCCAGUGUUAUAUUUUUGCAUGAAGGCACUUUACCUGCGAACCACUGCACCCAGGACCUUCAAACUUCACAUGCUGAUAGUACUUAUUGAAUACACGACCCUUACUGACUUUAGGGUCACCAGGUCAAAGGUCAAGGUCACAGGGGCCAAUGUUAACUUUUUGCAUGAAGGCACUUUACUUGCGAACCAAUGCACGCAGGACCUUCAAACUUCACGUGCUGAUAGUACUUAUUGAGUACACGACCCCUAUUGACUUUGGGGUCACCAGGUCAAAGGUCAAGGUCAAGGUGCUGCGGGGGCAUUUGUCACCAUUAGUGACAGCUCUUGUUUGCCCUAUAUGUUUAGGUAGGCAUGAUCAAAGUAGAAAGAUAUGCAGUGUUACAAGUAUUAUUUAAUCUAGUAAAAUUAUAUUAAUUUGUUUUUCUUUUAAUACUGUAAAAUGCAGUUCAGACAAUGAACUUGUACUGCCGCAUGUGAAAUAAGUGUGCAAUUUAUUACAUAAAUGAAUAAUGCUUUUUAUAAAAUCGGAGAAAUAUAUAUAAGUUUUUUUGAUAUUCAGAGAGAGAAAUCCAAAAAUAACAUUGCACUGCUUCAUUUUAUGCAUCAGUAUGGAGAACUAGUGAUGUCACUGAUCCCAUUGCAGGAAAACAGGUUCAAAAUAAAUAUGAAAUGAUCCAAAUUAUAUCAUAAAGAUUUGUUGCAGGUAGAUUUAUUCUGUUACACUUACACAGCAUUUUGUUGUUAUUUGGUUUAAGAAAUUGUAAAACCAACAUGUUAGCUUAAAAUACUUAACAGCGCUUUAGUCAAAUUUCUAUUUAUACAACAAAAAAUGUCAAUGUUAACCAUAUUUAUUGUUUUCAUUUUAUAUAUUUAACUGUUGCAAUUCUGUAUUAUAUAACUAUCAGUACUAACUCUUGAAUGUUAAUAUUGGAAGAAUGUGUCGUCCUUUACUUAUUUGAAUGAUUGUGUGUAUAUUUAUUGAUUUUAUAUGUGUUAAAAGUAUUUUUUUAUUUAAAUGUAGAAAAAAGAAGACAUAAUAUAUAUAGAGAGAUACAGGAAGUUUUGCAUAGAAAUCACUGAUUACCUAUACACAACAGAUAACCACCUGUUUGCUAGUCUCUGCUGUUUUACAUUUGUUGCAAAAUCAGAAAACUCUUUAGUUGUGGAGGUCAGAGUUAUUGAACCUUUUACUUAUGUUGCAAAAAUAAAAGCAUGUAUUUUAUCAAUAUGCAGUAAGUAUUGUUGAGAUACUGGUUUUUCUUCAGCCGUUGAUUUUAGUUUGGGCGUACAUUCUUCAUGUCCUGAAUAUUAUAACUGUGCUCUUUUUCAACAUUCCUUUGUGUACAUUUCAUAAUUUGGUUUCACUUAGUCUGUUAUAUCAUGUUUAACCCUUGCCCUGCUAAAUUUCUAUAAUGGACUAGUCCAUCAUUCAGUUUGGGCAAUACCAUUUAUUAUUUGAAAGGGAUGUUCGCUGUAAAUGUAAUGACUAAAAUAGCGAACAGUGCAAACCAUGAUCAGCCUGUACGGACAUGCAGGCUGAUCUUGGUCUGCACUGGUUGCAAAGCCAAAAUCACUUGCUGCCAGCAGGCUAAAGGUUAAUGAUAAGGGAAAAUUGUCACCUGAAAGUCUAUUACAAGAAUGCAUAAAAUUUAGAUUUUACCAUUAAUUGAUGCAUUGGGAUGUACAUGAUAUCAUACCUUUAGAGGUUUUAUUGAUGACAUUGAUUGUUGCGAUCAGGUCACCAUUUUCUUCUUUCUUUUGUUUAAGAAUUACACAACUUGAAAAAAAAACUAGUAUCAAUUAUACACUUGUGCUAUCCUAGUUCUGUACAAUAAAUACACUUCCCUGUUAAGGACUUACCUAAUUCAGUUCAUAGUUAACAUUGUUUAUGAUAUUUUGUAAGAAAGCUAUAUGUUAUACAUAUAUUUUAAUAUAGUGCUCCAGCAUGCCUUUGUUUUAACUGCUGAUGUAUUAUAUAUCUCAUAUUUGUAAAUUUUGUAUUUAAUUUUCAUAUAAGAGUUACAGUUUGUAAUGAAGUCCAAAAUUGAUAUUUUUGAAACCACAGGAUUUACUUUCAAGUUUUAAUAUGAGUAAAUUUUUUGACAUUUUAAAGAAAAUAAAUUUUACUUCUGCAUAUAGGCAAAAUUCUUUAUGGUAAAUGCUAUUGGUCAUAGUCUCAUAGUUCACAAAUCAUGUGUUGGGGUUUCACAAUAAUCAUUUUGUAUGUUAACCAUCCUUUCCCUGGGUCCAGUGUUUGUAUGAUAAUAAUUAUAGAAUAUAACUCGUUACCUUUUUGAGUGGUCAAUGAUUAAACUUAUUCAGCCAAGGAAAAUGUCUGUUGACCCUCAUCAUUGACUUAGCGUCUAAGAUGGAGUCAAGGUUAAUAGUUUACUGAUGAGGGUCAAUAAUCAUUUACUGAGGCUGAAUAACCCUAAUCUGUUGACCACUUUCAAGAUAGGUAGUUGUUUUAAUAUUUUAUAAUUUAAACAGCAGUAAAGAGUUACACAGGAAAUCAAUUUUACACACUUUCUGGGCAUUGAAGUAACUUGAUUCCCUUUUAUUAUUUUGUUUACCCGACAGAACAGAGGGGAAAUUAUAAGUAAACUUUUUAUAGGUAUUUGUUUGGUGGUAUUUAUUGGAAUUUGUAGAAUGUAUCAAACUUUUUUUUCUAAAUCUUUAGACACUUAACUAUGCAUAGUCUGCAUUUCUUCAUGCAUCAGACAACUGGAGAACGGAACUAUCGAUUCAUUACUCAAAUAAAUCUGGAUUUAACUGGUUAAGUAGUCAUUAGUUUAUAUUUCAGGAAGGGGCCUCCUUGGCUGAGUGGUUAAGGUCUCUGACUUCAGAUCACUUGCCCCUCAUCGAUCUGGGUUCGAGCCUCACUCGGGGCGUUUAAUUCUUCAUGUGAGGAAGCCAUCCAGCCGGCUUACGGAAGGUUGGUGGUUCUACCCAGGUGCCCGCUCGUGAUGAAAUAAUGCACGGAGGGGCACCUGGGGUCUUCCUCCACCAUUAAAGCUGGAAAGUCACCAUAUGACCUACAAUUGUGUCGGUGCGCAUUAAACCCAAAACAAAAAUAUUUUUCAGGAAUCUGUAGACAUUUAGGAAAAAAAUAAGAAGUCUUUUAUAGCUUUUUCAUUCCAUCUCCUGUCAGUCAGAUUACAGCAUUCAUAUUAAUAUAUAAUAUUUGAUCAUGUUUCUAUUUCUUUCCUUUUUAAGUAUUUACGUCUGUUUGCAUAAAACAAUGCUGACUGAUCAGACAGAAGAUUUUUAUGUUGCACUUCAUAAAUGAUUAUCAUUUUCUAUUUACACGUACAUCUGUGCCCAAUAUUUGAAUAUACAUGCUAAAUUCUGUGAAUUAUAUAUUCAGAUAGUAAUUCUGUCCAUUUCAUCAUUUUGCUUUGUUGACAUUUAACUAUUUAUUUAUUUAUACAAAGGGUAUGUGAAUAAAUUUGGAAUAUA